AAACGCCUUCUUUGAACAUUCUAAUUAAGAAAUUACCAAGGUUAAUGAUUAUAUUGCUAGUACAAAAAGUAUGUAUAAAAGAGAAAUGAGAAUGGCGUGGCUUAUGUCGGCUCCAUCAUCGGUCUCAUUGCCUUCCUCAACACAGAGCUCCGCGACAGUUACUCCUAUCUUCUCUCCCCACAUGGUCUCCGAAAACCACCUCGGCGACUCCUAGUCGACAGCUCUCUCGCGCGCCAAACUUCGGCCGAGAGCGUCGCCGAGAUCUUCCGCGGCGUGCCUUUCAAGUGGGUCCGCCGGGUCGUCGAGAGCAGCAGUGGCAUAUCUCAGAAGCGAUCUUUCACUCUGGUCGUGGCAUGCACACUCUCGUCCCCGAUUACCUGGAGCACGUCAUAGAGCGUCCAGAAGAAAAAGCUCUUUACCUAUUUCAAUGACUACUCCUAAUCCGUGCCUUUCGACCACCCCGCCACCUAUGGGGGAGCUCAAGCGCAGGAUCAAGGAUGAUCUCCUGGGAUUCAUGGACGGCGAGGCUUACUUCCGGAAGAUCGGUCGAGCAUUGAAGCGGGGAUAUGUCCUCUACGGCCCGCCGGGCACGGGAAAGUCGUUGCUCAUCGCUGCCAUAGCUCACUUCACCAGUUACGACGUCUACGCACCGACGUCAAACGAGGAGAAAAGCAAAGUUACCUUGUCGGGCCUUCUCAACUUCACCGAUGGCCUCUGGUCGUCCACCAGCAGCGAGCGGAUCCUCACCUUCACCACGAAUCACAUCGAGGAACUCGAUGGGAGCAUGGUUAUGCACACCACCUCUCCUACUGCGAUUCCGCUGCCUUCAAGGUGUUGGCUCGGACGCACUUGGACGUUGACGACCAUCAUCUAUUUCCAAGGAUCGAGGAGCUUAUCAGCGAGGUAGAGGCUGGUAUCGCCGAGCUUCUGAUCCAGAA